CAAAAAAAUCGACGCAUUCUGACACGGUCUAUCAUUUUAAUAAUUAUAUCAAAAAAAAAAAAUUUAAAAAUUAAAUAAACAUUCGAACAUAAAAAUGAAACAAUCGUCGGUGUUACUUGUCUUCGUGGUAGUAACACUUCUGAAAAUACUGCACACAGAAGCACAUUUCAAACCUAGACACAUGGACCCAUCGUUGUCGUCGCCGUUAGGAUUCCAGCAAAUGUCCGCUCUAUCAACAUUCGGUCAGACCGACUUAAAGACUUCGAUAGCAAUACAAAAAACAAUAGCUUUUAUAACCAUUCUAUCGUCACAUCCGAAAUUACUAUGCAUCGUCCCGCCGUUUUUAAUAGUCGACUUUCUCACACAACUGUCGUGCAACCCUGCGAUACUUAACGCCAUACCACAUAACAUGUUAACGGGAUUCAUGACCUCGUUGACGACCGUCCCAACACUCGCAAAUGCCAUACCUCCAUCGUUGUUUGUAACGAUCAGCAACUCACUAUCCAUUGGAACGUCCGAUACUACCGCCACGGGACCAGCCGAAUCGCCAAGACCCGAACUCAUCCCGACUACUUUGCCAGGCACAUCGGUAAGUGCUGAAGUUACCGCCGUCCUAACGCCGUCUGCCCCAUCUUCGGGACCAGUACCGAACGUGCCAGUUAUCUCAGUCACGAAAGACGUUGCCGCUUCUAUAUCGCCGGCUGUUCCGUCGUCGGGACCAGCACCUAACGUGCCGGGUAUUUCAGUCACGAAAGACGUUGCCGCUACUAUUUCGCCGGCUGCCCCGUCAUCGGGACCAACACCCAACUUGCCCGGUGUAUCCAUCACCAAAGACGUUACCGCAUCUAUAUCACCAAUUUCACCUCCACCCGGGGCCCCCGUCUUACCGGCAGAUUUACCCACGACCGAUGGAAUACCGCCAAACGCAUAUCCGCCAGCCACGCCAGCAGUGCCUUUAGCGCCAGUAGUGCCUUUAGCGCCAACAGUACCUUCAGUGCCAGCAGUGCCUUUAGCACCAGCUGGACCUAUAGCGCCAGUCGAACCAUCGGUACCGUGUAUAGAAGUGCCAGCCAUUGGAUCACUCCCAUCACUACCAGAGUUACCGCCGAUGCCGACUCCGUCACUGUCACCGCUGUCCAUCCUGUCAUCGCUGUUUAAUAAGGGAUCAGGUAAUAGCCUAUUAGAAGCCAAAAUAGAAGCUAUACUUAAACUUUUUGCGAGUGGCAAUUUAAACUUAAAGUUACCACAACUGAAUUUACCUGAAAUAGGUAGUACAGUAUCCAAAAAACCGAUAAUACCUGUUAAUCCCCAUCCAUCCCAGGUGUUUAUCCUUUUACCCACCCCGCAGCUAGGCAAGCCAGAAAUACCAUCUUCGCAGGCGACCAAACUCUAUUAUAAACCAGGAUCACUAAACCAGAUCCUCGAUUUUGUGCAUCAACGUUUAUUCACAACUCCUCAAAAACUUGCCUUGCCAAAAAUUAACUUGCCAAAACUUAACUUACAAAAACUUAGCUUACCAAAACCAACUCUUCAAUUCCCAGCGGUGUCCGCCCAAUCUAGCCCUAUUAAAUGUCUACCCAUCUUCUCCAAAGUUCCUUGUUAAUAAAUUGUAUAAUAUAAAAUAGCCUGGUUAUUUUCCCGAAAACACACAUCUCCAUUUUUAUUGUAUUUAUUAAUUUUUUGUACUGUAUAAUUAUAUUAUUGUACCUAUAAUUUAUUUACAAAUUAAUUAUUAUUGAUAUUUAUUUAUUUAUUUUGCAUCGUUUAUAUUAUAUACUUAUAAUUUAGACCGUUGUGAUAAUAAUAUUAUAUAUAUAAGUAGAUAGGUAUAUACAUUAUAAAACGAAUAAAUACCAUUUAUUAAUAUGUGUCUAUACAAAUCAGAGGUUUUGUUACAAUAAAAAAAAAAAAUAAAAAUAAAAAAAAA